AUGCGCGCCACAUCCAUUCUCUCGGUUCUGGCGUUCGCGCUGCCAGUCUUCUCCGCCAGCGGACUGGGCUGCUACUCCGAAAUCCCCUCAUUGAAGAGCCAGGGUCCCUACAGCUUCAAUUCGCUCGGAUACUGCCAAUCCAAAUGCAUCGAAAAAGAAUUCAAGUUCGCCGCCCUUACGCGCGGUAACAUGUGCUACUGCGGAAACACCCUCCCAUCGCAAUCCAACAAGGUCGACGACGAGAAAUGCAACACUGUUUGCCCAGGGUACCCGGUCAACAAUUGCGGCGGCGCUGAUGCCUACACACUCGUCCAAGCAUCCGAGGAUGAGGACAUCUCCGACUUGACCUCUGAGUCCGCCUCAACUGCUGCCUCCACCGCGGCCCCCACUGCCGUCACCGCAGCUGGCGGUAUCGUCGUCGCACCCUCAACCGCUCCCGCUCCAUCCGGCAUCGUCACCGCGGCUUCAUCUGUUAACUCUAAGAGCGCAAACUCUAACUCCAACUCUUCUAAGUCCGCAGGCUCCGCCACUACCGCCGCAACUUCGAGCGCGUCGCCCACGCCCACUGGCAAUGCCGCUGAUACCAUCCGUGUUGGUUCGCCUUUGAUCGGCGCUGUCGUUGCUGGUAUGGGCUUGUUGCUCUAA